AUGCCAUUGAGCAAGCCAAGGCCGUCUCCACGGUCAACUGCCACGAGCAGUUUCAGCGAUACCGCCGACAAAUCAGGGCCAAAAUUGACUAAUGAGAGUAAAAAUGUGCCGUCGCAAAAGCGACAUGAACGGCAAAAGUCCCGGGCGGCACUACUACUACUACCCCAGAGCCAGAGCCAGAGCCAGAGCCAGAGCGGCGCCACAUCUACAGCCACUACCAGCAUAAUACCGACCGAAUCUCCAAUUGCUGAUGGAGAUGCCCAAAAGGAAAACAAUGAGAACGAUCCCAUUGACGAUUCUGGUGCCAUUGGUGCAUCUGCAUCAACCGGGGGUCGUUUUACAAGGCCAGACUAUCUACUCCAUGGCUUACUUACACGAGCCAAGAACCGUGUAAAAGAACGAACUGGGCGAGACAAGGAAAAGGGCAACGGAGAUGGCGAUCUUCUCUCAGGUCAUGCGAUUGCCGUCCAGGGCCCUGAAUUGGCCCCUCAAUGGGCUCAGUUCGGGGGCGCCUUUGACCGAUGUCCAACCAAAGCCUUCUCUUCCUCCCCGCAUUCUCCUCCGCCACGCGCCGCUCCUCCCGACCGAGGCUUCCGCCGUAAAGCCCCACCUCGAGCUUCUACAGGCAGAUCUCAAGGAGGUACUAAGACACCCUCAUCGUCACAGUCGCCGUCACACUCACCACCACGGGCUCUCACUUCCCCGCGUUCACCACCAGACCAGAACAAGCCUCUUCCUCCUCCACCUCCUCUGCCGAACUCGGGUGCCUUGUCCGACAAGGAAAAUGCCACUUCUCCUCCGCCCAAGCCCGUCUUGAAGCUGAACAGAAUCAUGUCUACUCUUACCGACUCAGAGAUUGAGAAGCUCUUCUCUGGAGCCCCUCAGUACUUUGCCCGUAGCGAGGGGCACUGUUCUGGCGCCCCCAAUCCCAGCGUCGCAUUCCCCUUUGAUGAGGCAUUGGAGAUCCGCGACCUCACUGAUCAUGUCCAAAUUGAAGAUAGAGCUUGGAGUGGCCUUACAGCAUGGCCUCAUCUAACUCGAGAUCUCAAUCAGGAUGCCGCUGCCCGGGCGCAGGCCGUUGACUCUCGCAAGGCCCAUUUCUUCAUCCGUUGUCGGGAACGUCCCAAUAUGCUGAGCAUGCAAGGUCUAGAGAAGGGUACCAUGGGCUUCUCAGCUGCCCUCGAACUCGCCGUUGGCGACGCCCUCGAAGAAGAGCAGUUCGGUUUUGACAGCGUUGGCAAAAAGGCCCAUGCCAUUGUCGAGGCACGUGAGCGCAUGCUUUCCUCUCUGGGCUACCUGCGUCGUCUGCCUGAGACAGAGCUGCUGGAUCGUCUCAAGCGAAACGCCGAGCUAUACCGGGUCAAUGAUCUUCGAAAGAAGACUUCCGUCCAGACGUAUCAGGAUCUCUUUCACACUUUUAUGCGACCAUGCAAUUCCGUUGUCGAUAAGCGCGACCACUAUAGCUUGACUAACCAGAUUAAUGCCUUGAUCAAGUGUCUUGGCACCGCCAACGUUUGGUUUGACUUCACCCAUGUCGAAUGGAGGAUCAGAUUGGGUCAGAUUCUUUGGGGAGGCGAAGACAAUGAUGAACUUGAGGAUACUUCUUCCAUCCACGACGCUAGUAGUGCCAGCGAACGGGCUGAGGAGAAGUAUUGGCUCCUCAUGCAGAUUCUUGUUGCUACCGAGCUCCUCAUCCGCUUAGAUGCCAUCACCGAGGGUGAAGAAUACGGGGUCGAAGCUUUCCGACCUGUAGACGUUGUUCACUUUGAAAGAGCCGCCACUCCCAUGGUCAAGUGGUCGCUUCAUCUUGCCAGGAGCUGGCUCGACAAUAUCGAGAUUGAGAAGAUCAAAGAGGAUCCACCAAGCAACCCUUCCGAGACAAAGGGACCAGCUACUCCUCCGCCUGCGACCGGCUGGCUAGGCGCACUCUUCAGUAAAUUUAUCGUCCGUCAACAUCAUGAAGACAAGACGACAGCAAGCCAUACCUAUACUAUCAAAGGUCGCAAUCCACAACAACAGGUAGAUGGCCUUACUCAUUUUGCCAAGAAGCUACUCUGGCCCAACAUCGACACAUACGAGGGACUCAUCGCGAAGAACGCUCGUCAAUCGAUUAUUAAUUCCGUGCCUAAGCCUGCUCCUACGACGGCCUCUGAGAGAUCAUCAAAGUCUUCUGAGUCGAAUGGAUCUAAGCGGGGGCUUUACUUUGGUGCCUGGGAUCGUCCUGGUAGCCAGAAGGACAAGACUCGACCACAGCGACGAAAGCUUGCAGCGGCGCUUCACCCCUCAGGAUGGCUUUCAAAAUCAUAUAUUUAUGGUCUGGUACUGCCUGGAGAUGGCAUGUGCCAUUUCCUGAUGGCCACGCUUCUCGAGAACGACAGCAAAGCCAUGGAGCGUUUGGGCUCGUUCGCUAAUUUGUGUGGAGGGUUUGUAUAUUCUGGCAAGAGCUUUUGGAGCACGUCAUGCAUCGUAGGUCGAGUUAUUGCAGCAGGACAGGGAUCAGCCGAGUGCAUGGGAUGGGUUUCCAGCGAUAUUCUACCCCUGGGCAUAGAUGAAGGUUGGGUAAACAUUGAAGUUGAAGAAGUGGCUGAAGAGGACAAGGCCCAUCUAGGCAAGAAAGCGAGACUUUGGGCAAAGAAGCGAGUUGAACGAGAAUCAUCCAUCCUCGGAGAUGCCGAUGAAUAUUCUGUGUUCCCUGCCGACUUUAUCAUCCCCCACGAGAACAACUACUCUACGCCGCCGCCAUUGAUCAGCGUUACUUUACGGUCGCUUGAGCUUCUUUCUCCGGCCAACUCAAUUCAGUCCACACCCUUCACCAAGCUGACACCCGGUGGCGCAAGUGUGAACAACAAGGAACCCGAGUUGUUAUCAUUCCCAGCCAAUGUCAACUUUGCUGUGUCGAUUGACGGAUUCACGGCUGAGAACUUCUCAUUCUCCCUAUCCUAUGACAUUAACUUUGUCACGGCGCACCCCUGCUCGCCUUCUCAUCGUGUCCGAUUUGUGAAGUCGCCGUCAAGUCCGACAAUCCAGCAGAUCGAUGUGUCUGGGUCGGAUACGUUUGGGCAAGGUUCUCGACCUGCUCAUAGAACAGGCCAUCCCUUACACAAAUAUUACAAUUACACUGUUAUUCAUAUUUCGGAGCUUCUAAAGCGGCAGCAUGCUCCCCUGUCAGAGUUUCUGGCUGUUCCUCAAACCCACCGUCGCUCGCCUUCACGCAUGGGCAGCGAACGAGUGCUUGUUAUUGACUGUAUCACCAACUUAUCCGAGGUUCCUCAAUCUCCCACGAUUGAGAGACUUACCUCAAAGUAUAAUAUUGUUCAGCGAAGAGGUAGUUUUCCUGCUGCGGAACAGAUGCAUUUCGAGUCCAGAAAACGACAGUUUGGCUCCGACAUGGAAAUCCUGGUUCGUGCUCUUUGCGCUCAAAAGGGCUGGAAUGCCAUUAUCAGUCGACGAAAGCGAGGAUGUCUGGCUUGUGCUAUUCGUGAAGCUGGCGCAUUACAGUGGAAGGUUAUCAUUAGGGUGGAUCCAUCGCCUUGCGCACGAAGCACAAUUCGAUCAUCACGAUGGCGACUUGAAGCUAACUCCGUGACAGUCGUCCCUUACCAGGAGCCCAAGAGCUCAGGUGACUCGACCGAUCUCUCCUCAACGAUGUCUACCACCCUGCCAAUGGCUGCUAUGUUUACGCGUAAUAAAAUGGUUGGAUGGGCUUCGGUUGUCUUCUCUAUCCAGAGCUGGCUCGGCGAGAGCGAGGACUCGAAGAAGAACUCCACCACUCCUGGAUACUUCUCCGUUGGCAUGUCCAUUAUGGCUCUUGCUGUUACUUACCUUCCUAUGUUCCUCCCUCCCGUGGGUGGCAAGCAGGCCUCUGGCACUGAGGCCCCUGCUCCUGUCCCUCUGGCAUAG